AUGCCAGAACACAUGAACAUAGUUGCAGCCAAAAGGCGCGGCCAAUUUUCACUCGUCCUUGCGCACAAGAUAGGCACAAACUCGACUGAAGCAAAAUCCGCCUAUUGGCCAAAACAAAAAGAAGAAAGGAGCAUGAACAGAUGGAAGUGGUACAGCCAACAGAAUAGAAGGCGUGGAACUGGCAAGCGUGUGGAGAACGGUCUUGAGUCCAUCGAACUAACACAUGUUCGUGCGCGAAUAUCAGAGGGAGGAGUAGUCAUCGUCUGGGUCCCACUCAACCUUACGCACCUCCCCCUCCCCCUCCCCCAACUAAAUUGUCAUAUGCCCACCAAGAUCAAGGAACAUCGACCAAUGGGACCCGAGAUUAAUCAUCAAGUGAAGCACCCUGAAGUGGAAGAUUAA